GUUCAAAAAUUCGAAGUUACAAAAUGGUUAUCAGGUUUAGAGAAGAACUGUCCGGAAGUAAAGUUGGAUCCACAAUAUGCUACACAUGAUUUUCUAUUAGUAAUAUUUUUAAUAGUAUUUGCUGUUAUAAUGGCUUUACUCUGUUGGAGAUUAUAUAUGGAAUUUGGUUGGAGUAUUUAUAAAAAAAUAGGAGCAGAUGUUAAAAUACAGAAAAUGUACAAGACAAUGUUGAUUUUCGUAAUGUUGAUCAAACUCUCUCUAUUCUUUGUGUUGAUGUCUGCAAUUGAGAAAGAGUAUAAGAUAGGAAUGGUUAUUUAUCUUACUUUAUCAACUGCUGCGCUUAUUGAUUUUAUAUUAAUCUUGAAAGAAUCUGUGCGAGAUAUAGCCAACAGUUGGUACUUUUUCAUAGUAUUUAUGUCUGUUGCUAUAAUUGUAUCAUUUAUAACUUGGUUAUGGGGAGUUUUUGCUUUCCUUAAUUUCGUGAAUGAUGAUGCUUCAAAAACGAGUCAACAAGUUUUUGACGAAAGACAUACUAUCGAAGAGGAAGAAGAAAUAUUAUAA